AUGGCUUUCGCGCUAUCGAGCCUCGAGUCUCCCAGCGUGUCCGCAGCCCUCAUCUGGAUUCUCGGCACCGCCGGGAUCGAUUGGGACGCAAGUAUCAUCGAGGAUGGCAACCAGACAAUUGGAUGGACGGGAUUUCCUUACCAGUCACUGGUCAGUCAGUCUCAAACUGUCCAUCCCACCCAUCCGCCUGGUGAGCCCAGCCCUCGACUUGGCAUGUUUGGGUCCCCUCAAUCCCUAUUUUCAAUCGAGAUCCAAGCAGCCUCUACGAACUUUAUCUGCUUUCAGCUGCCACCAACACCUCCACAACUACCACCAACAUUUUUCAUCAUCUCACCCGGGUAA